UACAAAAUACUUAAUCGUCUCACGUAUAGCAUCUGGUUUGGUUUAAAUUCCAGCUUGGAUUGAUGGAGAACUUUGCACGUCCCACCAGGAAAUCUGCAUCACUCCCUUUCUUCCUCUCGUUAUUACAGUGGACCCCACCACUUUCCUGCCGCUCUCUCCACUUCCUCCGCCUCUCUCCUCCCCCUCUCUCCGCCCUCAGACCUCCAUCAGUCAGUCGGUCCGACCUGCAGCAGCUCUGCCACCAGACCUUCAUCUGUCCAUGGAUUCCGGUUCCAAGACGAGCAAGUGGAUCUCCCCGCAGCGCGCGGACCCGAACCGUCCACUCCCCAAACCUGAACGUCCUUCCUGAUAAAGUUGGAGCUGCUCGCGGCACGCGUCGCUCCCGCACGUGCUUGCUGGGGAGCGCGAGGUUUCCUCAGUUUUCAAGUCCUUUCGUCACACCUGUCCUCUGGACCUGAUUGACAGCUGCCGGGAUGAGCAGUUAGCUAACCUGUGAGCUAACCUAAAAACAACAUGAAAAAGAAAGAAGAUAACAACUGAGAUUGAACCUCUGCAGCUAGCGGUGGAGGAUGGCGUGUUUGAGAGAGGGUGCCCAGUUGCUGCUGGUCCUUCUGGUUCUGGCUGGUGGACGACCAUCUGAGCGCCGCACCCUGAGACAUUUGACGUGUCGCCACAUAGAGCAUCAGCCCAGCAAAAACAUCACACUGGCCAUCAUUUUACCGCAGACAAACACCAAAUACCCCUGGGCUUGGCCCCGCGUCGGACCAGCGCUAGCGCGGGCAGUCCAAAAUGUCAACAGCGACCCGUCGCUCCUCCCGGGCUACCACCUCACGUAUGAGUUCAAGAACAGCGAGGACAGUGAUAAAAUCUGUUCCGAGUCCAUUGCCCCACUCAUGGCAAUAGACUUUAAGUUCUUCUACGACCCGUGGGCUUUCAUUGGACCCGGAUGCUCGUAUACAGCCUCCCCUGUCGGCCUGUUCACCACCCACUGGGACAUGCCCAUGGUGACGGCUGGGGCACCGGCUGUGGCGUUCAACAAUGACACAGUCUACCCGUCUGUCACCAACACUGGCCCCACCCACAAGAAGCUCGGGAAGUUUGCCCUGAGGAUCUGCGAACACUUUGGGUGGCGUGAACACGUGAUGCUGAUGUUUAGCGACCAUAAGACGGACGACCGGCCUUGCUACUUCGCCUUGGAGGGCUUGUUCUUGGAGAUGGAGAAUCUCAAUAUCACACUGGUCGACCGAGUUUUUGUGGAGAACAAACCGCCCAUCAACUACACACAGAUUCUGAGCGACUUCCAGGGUGACGCCCGAGUCAUUUUUGUCUGCUGUUCCCCUGACGUCUUCCGAAAGAUAAUGAUUCAGUUCCAACGCAAUGACUUGCCACACAAGGAGUACGUCUUCUUCUUCAUUGACCUCUUUGGCGAGAGUCUCGUUUCCGAGCAGCCGUGGUUCCGCGGAGAUGAAGAUGAUGCUGCGGCUAAAGAGGCCUACCAGAGCGUGAAGAUCCUAACCUAUCAGGAGCCUCAGAACCCGGAGUACAAAGAGUUUGUCCAAAAUCUGAAAACAGACGCCGCGGAGAUGUUCAACUACACUGUGGGGGAUUCACUGAUGAACAUCAUUUCUGGAAGCUUCUACGACGGUCUGAUGAUCUACGCUCACGCCCUCAACGAAACCAUGACGGCGGCCAACCCUCGGCCCCUUGGGAAGGCAGUCAACGAGAGGAUGUGGAAUCGUACCUUUCACGGGGUGACCGGCGAGGUCCAGCUGGACAAGUUUGGUGACAGAGAGACGGCCUUCGCUCUGUGGGACAUGGCGGACACCAACAGCAGCGCUUACAAGAUCGUUCUGAUGUACAAGACGCCGGACGAGCAGCUGACCGCCGUGCCGGAGCGGUCCGUGCAGUGGCCCGGCGGAGUCUGUCCUCUUGACAUCCCCGUCUGCGGCUUCAAGAACGACAACCCUGCGUGUCUGACCGAGGCCGUCACCAUCUACCAGAUGGUCUCCAUCGUGCUCUUCUUCAUCUUCACCAUGACGCUCACCGUCACCGUCUUCAUCUACAGGAGGAUGAAGCUGGAGCGAGAGUUGGUUGCUCAGCUGUGGAGGAUUUCCUGGGACGACAUCCACAUGAGUGACAUCGACAAGAUUCUCAGGAGCGGCAGCAGACUCACACUGUCACUGAGAGGAUCGAAUUACGGCUCUCUAAUGACUGGAGAUGGAAACCAGCAGGUAUUUGCUAAAACUGGAUACUACAAGGGCAACAUCGUAGCCAUCAAGUACUGCAACAAGAAGCGCAUCGAGCUCAACAGGAUGGUCCUGUUCGAGCUCAAACACAUGAGAGACGUGCAGAACGAGCACUUGACCCGCUUCAUCGGUGCCUCCGUCGACCCGCCCAACAUCUGCAUCAUCACCGAGUACUGCCCCCGAGGAAGUCUGCAGGACAUCCUGGAGAACGACAGCAUCACGCUGGACUGGAUGUUCAAGUACUCACUCAUCAACGACAUUGUCAAGGGCAUGGUCUUCCUCCACAACAGCGUCAUCGUCUCACAUGGCAAGCUCAAGUCCUCCAACUGUGUGGUGGACAACCGCUUCGUCCUGAAGAUCACCGACUAUGGACUGAGCAGCUUCCGAUCGGAGGCCGACUGCGGGAAGGACGCCCACGCGUACUACGCCCAGAGACUGUGGAUGGCACCGGAGCUGCUCAGGAUCGACUCUCCGCCCCUGCAAGGGACCCAGAAAGGAGACGUCUAUGGUUUUGGCAUCAUCCUCCAGGAGGUGGCGCUGCGCAGAGGGGCCUUCUACUUGGAUGGAGACCUGCUGAGUCCCAAAGAGAUCGUAGACCGGGUGAUCUUGGGCGAGUGGCCCUGCCUGAGGCCGAGCACCGACCCACAGAGCCACAGUCCGGAACUGGGUCAGCUGAUGCAGCGCUGCUGGGCUGAGGAGCCCACAGAGAGACCUGAGUUCAACCACAUCAGACUGCUGCUGCGAAAACAGAACAAAGAGUCCAGGACCAACAUUCUGGACAACCUUCUCUCCCGGAUGGAACAGUACGCCAACAACCUAGAGGAGCUGGUGGAGGAGCGGACGCAGGCCUACCAUGAAGAGAAGCGCAAAGCUGAAGCCCUGCUCUACCAGAUACUGCCUCACUCGGUGGCGGAGCAGCUGAAGCGCGGCGAGACGGUCCAGGCUGAGGCCUUUGACUCUGUCACCAUCUACUUCAGCGACAUUGUGGGCUUCACCUCCAUCUCAGCGGAGAGCACGCCCAUGGAGGUGGUGGCGCUGCUCAACGACCUCUACACAUGUUUUGACGCCAUCAUCGACAACUUUGACGUCUACAAGGUGGAGACAAUCGGUGACGCAUACAUGGUGGUGUCGGGGCUGCCCGUGAGGAACGGGAAGCUACAUGGACGAGAGAUCGCUCGCAUGGCGCUGGCUCUCCUGAAUGCCGUCAGAAGCUUCCGGAUCCGGCACCGCACAGAAGACCAGCUCAAGCUGAGGAUCGGGAUCCACAGCGGUCCGGUGUGCGCAGGAGUGGUGGGUCUGAAGAUGCCUCGCUACUGUCUGUUCGGAGACACCGUCAACACGUCCUCUCGCAUGGAGUCCUCGGGGGAAGCACUGAAGAUCCACGUGUCGGCCGCCACUCGCGAUGUUCUGCAGGAGUUCAACUGCUUUCAGCUGGAGCUGCGAGGAGAGAUCGACAUCAAGGGCAAAGGCAGGAUGACCACGUACUGGCUGCUGGGGGAGAGCGGCGCCCCCUGAGAACCCGGUGAGAACCCGGUCACAGACACUCCACGCUGCCCCCUUCUGGACAUGUGUUGUCGUCGUGUUCACCUCGUAAAGAAGCUUUGUGACCUCACUUGAACGUCAGCCGGGACUUUCCGAGCGGCGGGAAACUUUACUCUUGUUUGUGUUUGUUUGUCGUCCAACCAGCAGAACGUUUGUUAAUAAAACCAUCACUGAACUUUGACUCCUGCAGUGACUCGACUCAGACUCACCUAGACCUCAAUUUUUUCAAUGUACAACUUUAUUCUGCGAGAGAAACCCUGACAGAAGCCUUCAAUAAAAAAACUGUCAGUUUAGGCAUAGAAAACAAAGCUCAGCUGAAAAACAAGAGACAUGGAACUACAAGUGGAGACGGAUGCCUCCGGUCUUCAUGUGAUGAGCUGAAGGAAGGAGGAAAGCAUAGGUUACUGCAGGACCCCUGGUCUGAGUGAGUGAGUGUGUGUGAGAGAGAGACUCACAGACUUGACGGUCUGUUUAAUGAAGUCCUUCUUGGCGC